GCAUCCGCUACCUCCACUUGACCUAUAAAAAGUUAUCAAUAAGAUUGCACCAUACAUAGUUUAUAAAUAUAUUCUCUAGCAUAGACUAUAAGAUCCACGUUUUUCGAAUCAAGACUUUUUGCAAGUUUUCGGUCAAGAUGCAUGCAGGAAAUUCAAAAAUAGUCAUAGGCUUAUUGUGUGCCGUCACUAUAGUUCUGUGCAAACCACUUCCUUCGGUCUCCCCGACUUUCAACUCUGGAAGCGAUGAAGUCCCACCAACGCCCGUCUUGAACACCUUCAGUAUCUUACAAAGACGAAACAAGGCAGGGGACAUCGUUGGGAAAGUGCGUGCUGUCGUUGACACCGGUAACUCAGGAGUUCCAAAGCUUCUGGGUGAUCUCCAAAAGCUACAAAAAGAUCUUGAAGGUAUCAUCGCCCAAUUGAAGGGGGCUGGUUUGGGGACCAAGAAAGAUCCAAAAGCGCAAGACUUGAAGCAAGACGAAGUGACGGUUGCGGCUCCGACCUCCGAGAUAAAGCUGACGGAGGCGGAUCCCGUGACCAAGCCCGACCCGGCUCCUAAGAAACCAGACCCGACGGAUCCGGCUACCAAAACCGAUGCAGUUUCCAAGAAACCAGAGACGGCGGAUCCAGGCACCACAACUGACCUGGCGCCCAAGAAACCAGAGACAACAACUCCGGCCCCGGAAACUCCGCCAGUCACCGCUCCCGCGCCCGGAGGAAGUAACCCUUAAACUGGGAUCUUCAAAAUCAUCGAUGGUCAGGAUCUUAUAAUCUCUCUCUCUUUUAGAUGAGAAAGUUUCAGAAUACUAGUAUAUCAGUGGCGAUCGGCUCCACCUGUCUCUAAAUAUCUCUCUAGCCAUGCUUGAUGUAUGAAGCUUUGUGCUGGGCAAGGAAACAAAAACAUCUUGCCU